UUGAAAACCUUUCACGCUCUCUCGCGCCGUCUCUCUCUAUCUCUCUCUCCUCUCUCUCUCUCGGAUCCACUGCGAGCUUACAGUGAUAGAAGGACCUCUAGCCUUUGACGUCCUUCAAGUUUCUAGUUAGUGAAGCAAGUUCCCCUGGUUGGACAAAUGGUUAAUUCUGAACUCAAUAGCAAUGGGCUGGGAAACAGUGGGACUGAUGUGCCUAUUUACCAUAAGCAGCCACCUGUAGCAAUAAAAAAGACUGCGCUCAGAGAUGUGCAGAAUGAAAAGAGGAGUUUGAAACGUAGUCAUGAAGAAAGCUCACCUUUUGUUGACGGAAGAUCCAUUACGGAUGCAAUUAAGGUUCAUGGAACUAAGAGACUUACACCAGAUGGGCCUUCAAACACCCAUGCUGCAAGUGAGCUUCUCCUGAACGCCCGUAGAAGAUUUGAAUUAGAACUAGGAAGAGGAAGAAUUCAGGACAGCAUGGGGAAAUACGCUGAUUGUCCUCAAUUGAAGCAUUGCCACAUGCAGCAGGAAAUUUCCAUAAACCAAACUCAGAAGGGGGAGAAUAAUAUACAUCGUGUUCCUGUGGUCACAACAAAUCAUAUGUCUUCAGCGAUGACCUUUUCAUAUGGUGGUCACUCAGUCCCCAAUUCUCUUGGCAAGCCCUGUAAGUCGUUGCAAGCUGUUGAAACUGAUUGUGUUAAGGUUACUUCAGAGCUUCCACACUCAAUUGAUUGUCCGCUGAUGGAUGAUCAGCAGAGGACAGAACGGUUCAUUCGUCUGCAGAAUUUCUUGAAGCAAUGUGAUGAGUCUAAUCAAAAUUACACACAGAUGCUUCUGAAUUUUUCCCCGGCUGAACUUAGCAGACAUGCAGUUGAGUUGGAGAAAAGAGCAAUCCAAUUAACAAUAGAGGAAGGAAAAGAGAUGCAACGGGUGAAGGCUCUGAAUGUCUUGGGGAAAUCUGGCCUGACUAAUAAUCCAUUGCAAAUGACUCAAAAACUCCAGUCCAAGAAAUGAAAUCUAAUAAAGGUAAUUUUUUGUGUUGUGUUGAGCAAGAGAGGAAUCGGGUUGUAUUAUCUAGUUCAUCUAACAAGUUUGAAGUUGGGGCUGUUGACUUCCUUGAACAUCACUUGCUCCUUUAACCAGUUUGGUAGCUUGGCAAAUGUAACUUGGCUUUGCUAUGAUUUUUUCAACUCUUGGACAAGCCAUGUAGAGCAUUGAAUCACCGUUAGAUAUUGUUAGUGCACUAAGUAGUUAUUAUUAACAACUAAAUACUUGCUUUUCUAGAUCGAAAUGUGCUGUCACUUUUUCCUAGAAUAAUAAAUGCAUCAUGUUUUGUCAGGUUCAUAGAGAA